AUGAUCUUCGGGAGAAAGCCCCAGCUGCCGAAGCCACCAUUGCAAACAAUGCGGCUGCGUCUCGGAGGACAUAGUAGCAAUCGCUACAAGGUCUACUCUUUGAACGCAGGCCUCUUGUGGGCGGAUUUUGUGGAGCAGCAGUGCCCGGCUUGCCGCAAGUACUUCUUGGGGAAUUGGUCUUUCAAGCGGCAACAGUCUGGCUACGGGCAUAUAUCAAAUUUGCAAUGUCAGUCAUCCGCCGCAGAUGGCUUUUUCAUUAUACCUCGCUACCGGAGCUUCUUUGCGGUUGAAAUAGCACUUCUCAAACACCUCACUGACAGCUUGCAUUUCAGCGGAGGGUCGAUGAAGGCUGCAGUCUUGGUAUGGGCCAUGCGUCAUUCAGAGGCUUGGCAGCAGGAUUUGCUCUUGGGCCCAGACAGAACUCAGCUGCCGCAUACCAUCAGCAACUUGUUGUCCGCUUGGUAUUCUUGGAGGGCCUUUGACAUGGCAGGCCAGCUAGCUGAGCCUAUUGUUUGGGAUAUGACCCCAGCCGGCUUCGACGCUUCCUUGUUAGCGCAUACAGCGGCCAUCCGAGAGCAGCAUUUAGAUUGGGUUGCGGCCCAUAUCAAAGCAUGCCCUCGCUGUCAUGACAAUCCUUGCUUCAUUGUGGAUGGGAAGGCUGGCGCUCGGCGACUGAUUUGCGCAGGCACAGAUGGUACAGUAUCCUUCCCAGACCUUGGCGUAGAAUUCGCUUCUGGCUGCACCAACUUUGCGCACGCAAAGCACCAGCAUUGCUCUGCAUGCCGCCACUUGCCCGAACAUGACCACCUCAUUGCCCAUCAGCUUUCCGUGCUUGGCACAGAAGAGCGCGAGGAUGCUGACGGCCAAGGCCUUGAGAUCAUGUACGUCGUGCAAUGCAAAGAUCCUUCUGAUGCCUCGCAGGUAGUGGAAUUGCUUCUGCCGCGCCAAGAGGUGCGAAAAGAUUUGCUCUUGACCUUUGAAAGAGGGCUUUUGCCACAAAAGACAGAUCAUCGCAACAAAAAAGCUGCAAAAGCCAAGGGCUCGAGACAAAAAGCUCGGUGGCUGCGAAAAAACGAUGCAUCUUGUUCAAGCAUUCUGGCGCCCAAGAAGGCGCGUGUCAAGAAGAAGCCACGUUUGCCUGCCAAGCCUGCCAAGUUAGAGCCCACUGAGUGCACAGUCGACAAAGAUACCCACCGCCGCCGCCGAACCACAGGAGGCAUUUUGACUUGUGUGCUUAGUUGCGGAUUGUUGGCCGACUUCAUCGAGAUGUGGCGUGGGGAGCAAAUGGAAUUAGUGUACGUCUUUCUCCUUCAGUUUCUCAAAGACAUGCAGACGCGUGGGGUUUCCAUUUCUUGCGUUGCCUAUGAUAAUGCUUGCAAGCUGUGGAAAACAGUGCAAGAGAAGAAGGAUAGCAGGCCGCCAUGGUCUACCAACUUUUCACAAAUGGGGUUGGUUCUGGACCACUUCCACAAGCGCAAUCAUACGUGGUGCUUGAAGAAUCUUCCCCAGACAAACCCGGACACACCGCAAAAUGCGGCGCUGCUGAAAAACAAAAACACUGAAGCGUGCGAACAGCUGAACAGCUGGAUCACAGGAAGAACCAAAUCCAGCUUGGAGAUGCCACCUGGUCGCUUUGCCAUUUAUUGGCGCACCUUGUUCCAGCAGCACAAUGUUUGGUUGGAGGCAGAGGCUGACUGCUUGCGAAGACGAUUUGCCAAAGGCAAGAUGCAGCAUGUUUUCAUUGUGCACGACCAGCGGCCGAACCUGGGUACAUGGUCCAAGCCCAAGGAGCCGGUCAGUCUGACUCCGCGACGCAAUGAAGAAACUCAAUUCAGCAACGUGCCAUCCUUGCUCAAAGACUUUUGGAGGGAUGCGCGAAGCAACUUGGUAGGCGGAGAAGGUAUGCAGCGCUGCGACAUUCGGCAUCCAAGGUUUCUGUCUCGGUGCACGCAUUGUAAGAUGUCCACACUUCGACACUUCCUCUGCUUGGCUUUGGUUUGUGGAGCACGUGCUGCGAAAAGAGGGAAAUACACGCCAGCGAUGCCUGAGGAGCGCACCAUGAAUGGCAAAGAUGUGCGCCAAGCCACAAAGCUCUUAGAGACCAUGUGCCCUUUCCCUUCCGAGACUAUGGCCCAAACUGUGCCCUGUUCUUGGCAGUUCGCUGGGGCCCUAGCGUGGGCCACGAGCUUGCAUCAGAGCUGCGCCUUUGUGCACCUUCUCAUCAUGUUGUCACUGGUCCUGAACGCCGUUCAAGUCCGUUUUGGAGGCAUCUUAGGAAAAUUCCCCAACAUCCUGAUGCUUCAGCAUGGUGAACCUGGGGAUGGCAAAUCCAUUGCCCUGUGGCUGGUCCUUCAAGUUUUGUACUACUUCGACACCAUCAAAAGCAAGCAUGAUGCUGCCAGGCAUCGCAUCGACUCGCGCCGCUAUGAAGAAGCAAAGCGGGCUUACGAAGGAGCGCUUGCAAUCAAUGACCCUGAAGCUGAAGAGCCAGUUCCACCAACCAAGCCAGAAAAACGAGAUUCUGUGCAGAACAAAGGAACUUUCUAUGGAUUGGGAUGCCUCCUCGAGAAGCAAGGACAGUCUCGCUUUCAUGUGCGAAACCCGCAUGUUGUGGGCGCUGUCCUGAUGCACCUCGAAGAGUUGCUGGACAUUGGGAAGAAAGGCGACAGCGUUGCGGGACUCCCACGCUUCUUGAUCGGUCAUUUCUCAUCAGUCUGCAGCAAGGUCUGCCCAGAGAACUUGUCUGCCCAGGAAAUGCAAAACUUGCUCCUCGAAGACCCCAAUUAUUUCAAUGACCUUUCUUAUGAUGAGAUUGUCAAGGCUGCAACCAACUUGCUCUUGCUUGCUGAUGCGGCUUUUCCUUAUCAGCGUCGGAGAGACGAUGAAGUAGGGCCUGCCGCAAGCAGGUACUCCGAGAUCCGAGGAAUUCACACCAUGGAGUUUGCAGAGGGCGUUGUUAGCAGUUUCCAACAAGACUUCAAUGAGAUGGUGGAUGAUUACCGUAAGGCCAAGAAAGCAGGCGAUGCCAAGGCAGCACUUCUCAGCAAAGACAAGACCAGGCCCCUUCAGUUCAUCCCAGGCAUCCACAUCUUUGAGCAAGGCUUGCUCCACCUCUUGUCCUUGGCAAGCGUCCCCGCUGAUCAAUGGCAGAACCUUUCCCCAGAAGACAUGGUGCGGAAAGUGGCCGCGGUAAAUCCAGAUGUUUUCUUCAGUGAUUUUCUGCCAAGCUCCGUGCCUCCAUGUGCUACCCAGCAAUCCGUUGAUGCAGCAUUCUCUCUUUCCAGGUGGUUCCAAUCUGUCUACCACUUCAGCACGAACGCUGCUCAAAAGCUGGACGAAUUUCGAAAAGACCGUCUUAUUAAGACGGACUUGCCGCAGCCGAGCGCCCAAGCAUUUGCUGAGAAGCUGCAAAAGGCUGCUGCCACAUUGAUUGACCCCGGCAACACCUUUCUGACCAUGGACAGGGUUACCUACAAACGCUUUGUCUUCGAUGCCAGCAACACGGAUGCCGAAGUCUAUGCCAAGCACUGCGACCUCAUCCUUCUCGCCCUGAUUGGCUUCAUUGCCAUCGGCCAUGGAAACUGGGCAAAGGUAAAGUACGCAGAAGAUGAUCCCAACUUCAUGUUGGCGGCCAACCGGCUGCAACUGUUCUCCCCAGAAGUCUCUUUUCAGGAGUUGCGCGCUGCCGUUCCUUUCAAUGAAGGGCCUCUUCCCAACCUUGACCAGGACAAUGCAGACACUGUGUGUCAAGCAUUGGUCAAACUUCUGAAAGGCUUCCCGAUUGCCAUUGACAAGCUGCCUGACAUUCAGGCUCUUGCUGUGCACGCCGACAUUCCGCCUUCGCAACCUGAUCCUGGUGCAUCACAAGCUGUCGCAACUUCUCCGCACAAGAAGCCGGAAGAACAGCAUGUGUUGACACAGGUUGCCCUUGGAAAUCCUGAGGCCAGUGAUGAUGAGCCGCCGGCGAAGCGGCUGAAAGACGAACCUCUCCAAGUCGCUGACCUGCGCAAUCACAAAGACACGAUGACGAAGAUGCUGGCUUGGGUCCUCAAGCAGAAGAACCAUUCUAUGCCGCAAUGGCGCUUGAAUGAAAAAGUGCGAGAGGUUCAUCCAACAACAGAAAAAUCUUAUGUGCUGGCUGCCAAAGUCACAAAGCUUUUGAUUUCAGCUACGCUAGCUGUGCCGACGCCAAACAAAACGAACAGCUUUGACCUUGUGAAGGUUCCUCAGGAAAAUCGCGAUUCCAUCGUCAUUGAGUUGGAGAAGGUUGGCAUCUUGAAGCCUGGAGACAAGCAGAAGGUCACAGUGCAGUUGGGAAAAAGAGACACUGCAGCAGUUUUCGAAGAGUGUAAGUUCCAGGAGUGCAUGGCAUUGUGCGCAGAAGGCUUCAAAGGACACGCAGAGUGA